GAUAUGGUGUUGGCUCCUUACGGGCCAUAUUGGAGGCACAUGAGGAAGCUGUGCGUGGUAGAAUUGCUGAAUGCCAAAAGGAUCGAGUCUUUCAGUUGUGUACGAGAGGAAGAGAUGCUUCUCACUGUUCGUUCAGUGUGGGAGAUUUCUAGGCAGGGUGAGAAUCUUGUAAAUCUCACCAACUUGUUUUCAUCUUUUACGCAGGCAGUCAGAGUGACGCUCAAGUGGGUGGGAAUGGCGAAGAGAUAAAGAAGCUUACAGUAGAGGCGGCAGUUACAGUAGGAGCUGUCAAUAUCGGGGACUUCAUUCCUUACUUAGACUGGAUGGAUUUGCAAGGCGUGAAGCGGCGGUUGAAAAAGGUACACAAUUCGAUUGCCCAAGUGAUAAAAAAAAUAAUAGAGGAACACCAGCAGCGCAGGAUGAAGUUGCACAAGGAGCAGAAUGCUGCUACUAAAGGCCUCAUUGACGUGCUCUUAGAAAUGGAAAGCCUUGAUGGAAGGGCAAUCACACAGGAAAAUAUUGAAGCCAUCGUUUUUGAUAUGUUCAUAGCUGGAGUUGAAACGACGUCUACUACGUUAGAAUGGGCAAUGAGUGAGAUUCUUAGAAACCCUGGUGUGGCUAAGAAAAUGCAAGAGGAAAUAGAAUCAGUGGUCGGCAGAGAGAGGGCUGUAAGUGAGCGUGACAUAGGAAGCAUGGAGUACGUGCAGUGUGUGGUGAAUGAGACACUGAGGUUAUAUCCGGCGUUACCCUUGCUUCUUCCGCACGAAUCCACACAAGAUUGUACAGUUGAGGGAUACUUCAUUCCUGAGAAAACCAGGCUCAUCGUCAAUGCUUGGGCUAUUGGAAGAGACCCAUCCUUGUGGGAAGAUCCUCUGGAAUUCAAGCCAGAGAGAUUUAUGGAUAAAAAAGUUGAUGUCGUGAGAGACAGAGUAUUUUGAUAUGUUGGCAUUUGGAGCAGGAAGGAGAGGAUGUCCAGGCGCAGCCAUGGCUGAUGUAACCAUGAACCUUGUUUUGGCUCAGCUCGUUCAUUACUUUGAAUGGAGCGUGGAAGGAGAUCUGGACAUGAGGGAAGUCUUUGGAGUCACCACGCCCAGGAGUGUUCACCUUCUCGCUCGUCCUGCCUUAAGGCUAUCUACCUGCCCUUGAAUUUAAGUAGAGUGCUUCAAUAUUAGUGAUACUAGCUAUAUAAGCUGUUCAUGCCCUCCAGUUAGAAGAUUCUAUCUUCACAUUCUUGUGGCCUAAAUAAGUGUAUGAUUUCUUUUUUAGUAUAGGCUAGUACUUGGAUAA